GCUAAAUUCAAAGACCACGCUGUGCGUAAAGCGAAACUAGAAAACAAUCGGAGUUCUCCGAAAGUUUAAGAAUAACUACUAGACAUAUUUGUUAAGCCUUAAAUAGUUACAAACCGUUCACUUUUUGACGCCCAGGGGUACGUCAGCGAGCCAAACAUUUUGGGACUUUCCACAACCGAUGUCUCCGCACAGGGCGAGUGUUUUAUGAACUUACCAAAAACAGAGAGGACGACCAGGACCCACUGUCCCUCUCCCUAAUAUUGACCGUUUGUAUCCAGGUGGAUGUGAGUGCUGGUUGAAAUGAGGAGUGACAUUUCCAAUGGGGGGAACAGAGCGUCUGUGGUUACUUGCUAGUUUAUGCCAGGUGGUCUUGCUGACCUGUGAACAGCAUUUAAACCCUGUUGAGGUUGAAGUUGUGUUUCAGUCCUUCCCUUUCACUGAAGAUCCAGACACUUACACAGUCACCUGCAUGACUGCAAGGAACCAGCUGGUGUAUGUGGAGCCCAUUCAUCAUUCAGCAUGCUCCCCUAACUGCAAAAUGUCCCUGCAAUUAGUUGAGGACCCGAGAGGAUAUAACAUCAAACUUAGUGCCAGCAGAAAUCUUAGUACUCUUCAGGCAAAGACUUUUCACUUCAUUCCAGUCCCCCAGUCUGCCCUUCAUGUAUACACCAUGGCUACCACUUCUCUCCUGACGUGGAAACUUCACAGGCACCAAAGCUUAUCCACCUUGAGUCUGUUCAACAGCCACACACAACCUGUCACACACUUCCUCAACAUAAACUCAUCAGACUCUGGUUACAUGGUAAAAGGUCUCCAGCCCGGCACCCGCUUCAAGGCCAAAGUUGUGGUGACCACGUUCCUCAAACACCUUAAUAUGACCAUCAACCAGAUACUCAGCAUUGGCAUGGAAACAGCUCAGUGCCCCUCUGGUUGGUUGGCCAAUGGGAGAAGUUGCUACGCUGUGAGAAGGACCGGUUUGGCCUGGAGAAAUGCACAGCUCAGCUGCAGAAACCUGGCAGCUGGAAGUCACCUGGCUGACAUAAAUACAGAUGAAGAUCUGCUUUUUAUAUCAUCCCAUCUGCUGAGCGACAACAACCUGCUGCUGCUAUGGACCGGACUGAAUGACCAGCAGGAGGAGGGCCGUCCUCGCUGGUCUGAUGGUUCAGCCUUUAACUUAACGAACACUAUGAUGUCAUUACUGCCGGCCAAUCGGACGGACUGUUUUGCCCUUCAGAGGAAUGCCACAGGGCCGGGAUACUUUCUCACUCCUUUCUUCUGUAACAUCCCCUUACCCUUCAUCUGCCAUUACCAGAUCCCUCCAGUCCCUGCCUCUUUCUCCUUUGACCUGCUUCAGGUGACAGAGCAACAGGUAGAGCUGCGUUGGAGUGACCUCUCACCCUUAAACUCUCUAAAUAUAUCCUCUCUCGAGACAUUCCUCCAGUACCAAGAAAACGAAGAUGAUAUAAGGAAUUCAGAGGACAGAAAGAGGACACAGAGCCUGAGGAUUGUUGAAAAGAUUGUCAGGGUCCCCAUCUCCCUUUCCUCCAGAGGGGUAACUGUGGCAGGUUUGUCUCCGGGGAGCGUCUACUCCUUCACUCUUCGAGCCUCUUAUCCUGGCGGCUCAACCUGGAGCUUGGGUCAAACACGGACUGCACACACGAGACCUCUUCCUCCUCACAAUAUCAGUUUUGGCCUCGUUACCGUCAGUCAGAUUAGUGUCCACUGGAUGCUGACAGAUACACAAUUAAAGGAUGGAUGGAUAUUUCUGGUGCGCUAUGUGGACAUGUCUUCAGGACAAAAGAGGAUAGUUGGAAUGACCAACAUCUCCAAGUUAUCAGAGACUGGUGGGUUACAGUCAUACUCUGCUGUGAUUGGAGGGCUGGAGUCUUACAGGAAAUACACAGUUGAAGUUUACACCGUCACCCAGUAUGGGAUAAAGAGCUGUGGACAAGCGCCUGUGACUGUGCAGACUGCGGUGAGGCCCCUUAGUGGUCUGUUUGUGUUGAGCGGAACAGUACAUUUGACUGUCUGCUGGACCAGCUCACCUGAUGACCCACCAGAUCGUUAUUAUAUCACAUCGCAACCGCUGAUUGACUCCCCACCAACCUCACUGUGGAUGAACCAGACCAGUCCUGGUGCACACUGGGUGAAUGACACUGUGUGUGUAAAUCUGGGCACAUUUACUCCAGGUCAGACUUAUGAAGUGGGAGUGGUCUCUUUGAGGGGUGAAGACAGGAGUGAGAUGACCAAAACCAUACAUACCACAGACCCAUUGCAAGUACAGGUAGCAGUCCCUCUUUCUGUGGGCACAUACUCCACACAACUGUACAUCCAGCGGCCACAGCUGGGUGUGAUCGAUGGGGUCAAAGUGUGUGUGUGUCCAGGAUUGUGUGACAGUAUGUGUGAGGGAUUGUGUCUGACAGCAUGCAACUGGUACUCCCUCCCUGCUGGAGUUCACAUCAUAACCCUGAGCAACCUCAGUCCAGGCUCCGAGCUGCAGCUCAGGGUGUUCAGCACAAGCCGGGCACAGAUGGGACCACCUUACUACUCCCGCCCCUUUAAAACAAGUCUGGCUCCUCCAAUCAGAGUGAAGGAAGGUGUGGUGACAGACUCAUCCAUUCAGCUGCUCUGGGAUCAGGCAGAAGGACAGGCUCACAGCUACGAGAUUACCUGCUUCAACUGUCACCAUUCACACAAGGUGCAGAAGGUGUUCAAUCAGAGUGCAACCUUUUCUACUCUGACUCCAGGCAUGCUCUACCACUUUGCAGUACGAACAGAGAAGGAUUCCUUUACAGAUAGUUCCCCUGUCACCAUCAAAAUCAUUGCAGUGGAGUUGUCUCUUGUCAAUAAAACAACAUCAUCCGUAUACAUUCGUUGGAGUAAUAUCAGGGGAGUUGCAAGCGGACUCAUCCUGUCAAUCAAAAACAGAACAUCCAGCCAAGAGCUGAUCAUCCCUCAUCAAAAGGCCGGGUCAUACAGCUUCGAAGGCCUCGCUUACGGAAGCCAAUAUACAAUUGAAGUGACAAGCACCAGCGGGGGAAGAAGGAGUAAACCUGCCACUAUGAUCCUCCAUACUUAUCCAGGGAUGCCGCAGGAUGUGGUUCUUUCAGAGCAGGUAGUGACGUCUGUGUUUGUCACCUGGAGAGCACCACUAGGACAGGUGGAGGGGUACACGCUUGUUUUUGGCCUGCGGUCUGUGGACAGGAAGUCUUGGAUUGAGGUGCUUGUCCGGGGCACAUGUUAUGAGAUCAGGGAUUUGAUCCCGGGAUCAGACUAUUGUGUCAGCAUUCAGAGCGUGCUGAGCUCAGAAACCAGUCAGCCCGUCCUCCGAGAGUUCAGCACACGCCCAGCAGGAUUAUGCGCCCUUCAUGUAGAAAACAUGAACUCCUCCUCUAUCUCUGUGAGCUGGGACAGUGCUGUAGGAGAGUUUGACUUUCACAGAGUCACUGUGGUCAACACGUCAGUCACAAACACACUCACCGUUCCCAGGGAGAAGCGGGUUGCCGUGUUUACAGGUCUGGCGGAUGGCUGCAGCUACAACGUGAGCGCUGAGAGAGUGAGAGGGGUGAAAGCAGGGAGCGCUGCCUUUCUGACUGUGACCACAGUGCCAGCCCCUGUGCGAGGAGUGCGUAUCAUGAAUGUGUUGGCACAUGCAUUCUCGCUUCGCUGGGAGCAGGCGGCGGGGUGUGUGGAUCACUACCAAGUCACCCUUCUACCGAACCAUGGAAAAGUCACAGUGCACCCUGCACAUGACGGAUAUAUUGAGGCCGAUGUGGUGAAUGUCAGUCCGGGGACACAGUACAGUGUAACGGUCUCAGCAUCCUCCUCCUCCAACAUCAGCCCCGGAGUCAGUCGCAUGAUCAACACCAACGAGAGCGUUGCUGGACCACCUUUUGGCCUAGAAGGAGAGGCCGUAGGAUCUAAUGGUAUUCUUCUCUCCUGGACAACGCCAUCUAAUGGCGAUAAUAUUGACGGAUACGUCAUAAGGUACAAGGAGGUGUGUCCCUACCCCGACCCCACAUUCACACAGGUGACCAAGUACCUGGACAUCCCAGAGACCCUGCUCACUGACUUCACCUCCGGCUCUACAUACCACAUCGAGGUAGCAGCCAUAUCUCCAGCUGGAAUAGGAGCCUUCAGCAAAUCUUUAUACAUCAAGACAGCGGAAUCCCCCCCUGGCCUGGUGACCAACUUGACAGCGUUUUCUCAGAACCACACCAAUGUGUUGGUUACUUGGUUCCUGCCACACCGCAUCAACGGCCUCAUCACAAAGUUUGCUGUCAAGGCUAAACACGCUCGUACCGGGCAGACGGUUCGCACGCUGGAGGUCAAUGCAGAGGACAUCAUGACCGGAGCGCUGCCUCACUGCAAUGAUGCAGCCGAUAUCCUGUCCCGUGCGACUCCCAGUCCCGUGGAGAUAACAGCCUCGUCGUCACCCAUCACCCACUCCGCUGUGCCCCCUGCAGCCGCCUGGAGUGUGCCCAUAUCAGUAGGGGUUGAUCAGCUACGCCCUUAUACCGCAUAUCUAUUCGAAGUUUCUGCCUUCACCUCUGACGGAGAGGGACAGAUAGCCUCCACUAUGGUCCGCAUGCCAGAAUCAGCCCCAGAAGACUCCCCAACAAACCUUGUUGUAUUGAAUAUGACAUCUAGAUCUAUAUCCGUGUCCUGGAGCUCUCCCAACAUCAUCACAGGAAAAAACACCUACGUUAUCUACCUUUAUGGACCUACAGGAUAUUUGUAUGAGAACAGCACAGCAGACACGCGGUUUGCUCUGACUGGUUUGAGUCCCUUCACAAGGUACACGUUGGCCGUCAGAGCCAAAGUGUCUGGAGAAGUAGGCCCAGCAGCGCAGGAUGAUGUGAUUACACCUGCAGAAGCACCCAGUGCAGUACAGGACUUGAUAGCUGAAGCUGAGGAUUCAGUUUCAAUCCGUGUGAGUUGGAGGAUCCCUGCCCAGCCCAAUGGUCCGAUCAUACAGUACAAACUGCAGGUUCUGGUUGGCGUCACCCUGCUGCAGGACAUCACCCUCACUGCUGAAAUGAAUACAACUGAUUUGCCUGAAGAUGAGAUUGUUCCCCCUGAUGUCAGUAACAAUUCCGGGCGACGUAAGAGAACAGCUGAGCUCAGUCUGAUCACAUCUCCGUCGACAUUCACUGCCACUGUCCCUGAUCGCACCCUUCCCAAAGGUUCAACUGCUUCUGGCAUAACACACUCCGACCAAAUCACUAACACCUAUGCUCAAGAAACCGCUGCCUCCGCGGUCACCGAGGAGCCCAACACAAGUUACAUUUCUGCUUCACACUCUGACAGCACAAACACUCAAUCCUCUGACUCUGCAGUCUCUGGGACUUCUUCAUUUUCUCCUACCUCUGUGCCAUCGGCUACGCCUCCACCUUGGCUGACAAAGCAAUCCCAGGCUGGAGAUCUGACCUCAGAUUCAUCACGCUUGGCCCUGACCCCAAGCCAGCUACGCUUGUUUACUCAAGAUGCAUCAAUUACAGGACCCUUUUUAACACGCAACACAGCAACUUCUGGUGCUACAGGUGUAACAAUGAGAGAGGAGGUGAUGGACGUUUUGUCUGAGGAGUUGUCUUACCUGGUGUCAGAUCUGAAUCCCUUCACCGAGUACACAUUCAAGGUCACUGCUUCCACACCAGUGGGAGAGGGUCCUGCAACAGAUAUCACUGAGAAGACCAGGGAGCAGGUCCCUAGCUCAGUGCUGGAAGUGUCCUAUCAAAACAUCAGCUCCACCUCCAUACUAGUGAGCUGGGCGCCACCACUUAACCCCAACGGGCGGAUCACACAUUACACCGUCUACGGCCUCAAACUGCACAGUGAUCAAGCCCUGAAGUGGUCUACCAACGCUACCAGCAUAUUGAUAACAGAUCUGGACAAGUAUACUGGUUAUAAGCUACGCGUAGCUGCUUCUACAGCUGUGGGAGAGAGCUCCCUGUCGGAGGAAGAUGACAUCUUUAUUUUCACCUUAGAGGACGAGCCUGAUUCCCCCCCUGUGAACCUCACUGUGGUCGCCACCAGCCCCCUCGCCGCCACAUUGGCCUGGUCCGCCCCAGAGCAAGCCAAUGGGAUGAUCCAUUAUUACGAAGUCCAGUAUGAGAACGAGUCCUACUCUGAGUUACUGAACACAUCCUCAAACACAGCAACUCUGAUGAACCUGAAGCCUUUCUCCUACUACAACGUGACUGUGAGGGCGUACACCCGUUACGGCCACGGCAACCAAACGUCAGAAUCUUUGUACCUGCUGUCCGGAGAAGACGUCCCGGGCAGUCCUCCGUAUGACGUUACUUAUGAGUCGGUCAGUCCCAGCGAGGUGAACGUGACCUGGCAGCCCCCUCUGCUGCCAAACGGGAUCAUUACCCACUACAGCCUGCAGCUGUGGAACUCCAGCCACUACCUGAACCUCACCUCCCCUACCAACUACAUCCACAUCACACAUCUGAGGAAGUACGCCAACUACCGCGUCAUGGUGCAAGCACACACACGCGUUGGGCCUGGGAACUACAGCAGUGAUCCGCUGAACAUCACUACACUGGAGGAUGCCCCAAACACAGCUCCUCAGUUUCUCCUCGCCAGGAAGUUGUCAGAUUAUGAAGUAGAGUUGUCAUGGCAACCACCGCACGAAGCCAAUUCAGACAUACUCUACUACAAAGUCAGAGUUUGGAAUGAAACGACUGAGCUGUGGCAGAAUGUGACGGGAACGUCAGUGGUUAUUAAUGUAGACUCAGAGAGCCACUACAACGCCUCUGUCUCCAGCUGGACCCGACUGGGAGAUGGAGGAGUGCUGAUCUACAUCAGCUUCACCACCACUGAUGCAGAACCAUUUGACUCCCCGCAGAAUGUGACUUUUGCAAAUGUGACCACCUCCUCCGUCACCUUGCUGUGGCACCCGCCUACUGAACCUAAUGGACUCAUUGUACACUACUCUAUAUACUACUCUUAUAACGACACUGUGGCUGAGCAGAGGGUUCCAGUGUCAGACCUACCUGAGCCGGCCUCUCCUGAUUCAGCCCUCUACUUCACUCUGACCCGGCUGAUUGGAGGCACAAACUACACGCUGUGGAUGACUUCUAGCACAGUGCAGGGGGACGGGGGGGUCCAGAGCGAGCCACUUGUCCUGUUAUUACCUGAGGACGUGCCAAGUGACUCAGUGAAAAAUCUGACCGCUCAGAUCUUCAGCUCCACUGCCAUCAUCGUCAGCUGGGACCCUCCCCUGGAGCCCAACGGCCGUCCCACCUACCUGCUCACCUUACAGGCGGCUGGCAUCUUCCCAGACCUACCCAACCAAGGGGCUCCAGCUGUCAACAAGACCAUCAAGCAUAGCACGACUGACACAGUCUUUCUGUUCACCAGAUUGAGGAAAUAUUUCCCCUAUGUGUUGACUGUUACCCCGGCAACUCGUGCUGGCGCGGCCUACAAUCAUACCAGCACGAUGUAUCUGCGAACAGAUGAUGAUAUUCCUAGUUCUGCUCCGGUGCUGGUGUCCACCAAGAAUCAGUCGUCAUCCUCUAUCGCGAUGGUCUGGCAGCGCCCUCUGGAGGCCAACGGGGAGAUAACAGAAUAUACCCUCACUCUUUUUGGCCCAGGGGGCUCCAACACAACUCAAACCCCCAACACCUCGUUCAUCCUCAGCAACCUGCUUCCAUACACAGCUUACAACAUCACUAUUACAGCUGCUACGCGUAAAGGCUCAGGACCCUACCUGCUGCUGCAGCUGCACACCGAUGAAGGAGGCCCCAUGUCACCCCCCCGUAACCUGACCAUAUAUAACCACACAGCGGUCUCUGUGUGGCUGAGCUGGGAGCCUCCUCUGGAGCCCAAUGGAGUGGUGAUACAGUACGGCUUCAGGAUCCGAGACCUCAUCACACACACCGUCACACACAGGAAUUCCUCUGGGCCGUCGACCAUCGAGGAUCUUUCAGGCUUCAGGCCUCAUAGCUCCUACGAGAUCAGUGUUUACAGUUACACCAGAGUGGGCCAUGGGAAUCAGUUCAGCAGCCCUGUGGCUUUCACCACUAACGAGUCAGUGUCUGACGCUGUGGGGAACCUGUCUUGCUCUGGAGUUAGCUGGGAUUCAAUUCAGCUGUUUUGGGAACUUCCAAGCAACCCUAAUGGGCAGAUAAUGUUUUAUGAAAUUCUAGUGGAGGUUGACACACACCAGGUUUACACACAAGUGUACACAGUGACAGGGCUGUCUCCAGACCAGGAGUACGCUCUCACCGUGUCUGCAGUUAACUCUGCAGGACCUGGAGACGGACUGAACUGUACUGCUUCCACUCUCUCUGAAUCAGCCCCCGCUGCCCCUCGCUUCCUCACCAUCUCUCAGGUCACCCCUAACAAUGUGACACUUCAAUGGGCUGCACCACUCUCCAUUCCCGGCCUGCUGAAGGAGUACCAUGUCAUUGCACAGCUGAUUUCCACUGUUUGCGAACCAAACACACUAACUACUGCACAGCCGGCCCCAGAGGACGAGCCGACCUCAGACUGCGUUCACUCUAAUGUCACAGUGUCGGUGAAUGCUUCGGACCACAUUGACGGGAGCCUCAGCGUCACACUCCAAUCCCUGGCUAAAUACCGAUACUACCGCUUCAAGGUAGCUGCUGUGACCAACGCUGGGGUUGGAGAAUACACACUCUGGAAAUAUGAACGCACCUUGGCUGGAAACCCUGAUGACCCUCCCCGGGACCUGAAAGUGACCCCCACCUCCAGCGGCCUUCACAUCACAUGGAACCCUCCAUCUGUUAUCGCUGGACCCACUUCCUAUCUUGUGCAGGUGGACGGUCCCGGUCUGAACUUCUCUACAGUCCGGGCUCCAGGAGAGCUGACGACCGUUGUUGUGACUGAGCUGACUGCCUUCACUCGUUACUUUGUGACGAUCACUGCCUUUACCGGUUCAUCGGAGCAUGCUGCCAGCGAUGGGAAAGCUAUCGGACCAAUUGAAUUUCAAACGCUGGAGGAGGAGCCCAAGGACCCUCCCAAGAAUGUUGUAGUAUCAGUUGUCCCAGAGUUAGUGAACCAAGUGAAGGUGACUUUUACCCCUCCAGAGGAGCCCAAUGGAAACAUUACAUCCUACUUUGUGUACAUCUACGAAAAGGACCAACUAGUCAAGAACAUCAGCCUUAAUAUCACCCACAGAGACCAAAACACGAUGACUGCUGUCAUUGAGGGUCUGAAGGGAGGACACAGCUACAGCAUACAGAUUUCAGCUAAGAACGGGGCAGGUCUGAGUCCACCCAGCUCUCAAGUCCGUAUAACUACAGGGAUCACAGCUCCGGCCAAGCCAAUGCAAAGACCCCAGGCAAAGCUGGGCCAUGGAGGGGUUGCCAUGGUAACCCACAGGAGUAUCACCAUCCACAUGCCUGCCUGUUUCUAUAGUGACGACAAUGGACCAAUCACAAAAAUUCAGGUCAUCGUGGCCGAAUCAGGGGUGAAUGACAUCCAGAACCUGACCAACUGGAAGAAUGCAUUCUUCCAUCGACCUGACCCUUACCUGACUGACAUGGGGUUCCCCAACCCACCGUGUCCUCUUGGGGACAGGGCGCAGCGCUUGGACACACACGUCAGAGGGGGUCACAGUGUGUCUGCACGCGGCCCGCCCACAGUGAGGAACAAUCACACCACAGCAGGAACCUACGUGAUCGGACGGAACAAUGACUGUCUAAAGGAGAACAACACCGAACAUUUCUGCAACGGACCUCUGAAGCCAAAAACAGUCUAUGUGUUUAAGUUCAGAGCCACUAAUAUUAAAGGCCAAUACACAGACUCAGUGUACUCGGAGCACGUCAAGACUGCAGUGGACGGGCUGUUGACCAGAGAAGAGCAGAUUAUUCUGGGUGUUUUGCUCUCCGUCACCUUGGCUGUGUUGCUCAUCAUUAUCAUCUGUGGCUCUGUCAAGAUCCAUCAGCGCAAGAAGGAGGGCGGGAAUUAUUCACCCAGAGAGGCAGAGAUCAUAGAGACCAAGUGUAAACUGGAUCAGCUGAUUGCUGUGGCAGAUCUGGAACUCAAACAAGAAAAACUCAACCGGUAUUCUUCCUUCUUCUUUAGGCGGAAAGAGAUUUAUGUGAUCCAGCUGCUCAGCUACAGGAAAUCACUCAAGCCUGUCAACAAGAAGUCUUUCCUGCAGCAUGUAGAGGAUCUGUGUGCCAACGACAACUCCAAGUUCCAGGUGGAGUUUGCUGAGCUACCAAAGCUGCUGCAGGACCUGGCCACCACCGACGCUGACCUGCCCUGGAACAAAUCCAAAAACCGCUUCCCCAACAUUAAACCUUACAAUAACAACCGAGUGAAACUGCUGUCAGAACCGGGCACUGCGGGCUCUGACUUCAUCAACGCCAGCUUUGUGUCAGGCUACCUUUGUCCAAAUGAGUUCAUAGCCACCCAGGGGCCUCUGCCGGGCACCGUGGCCGACUUUUGGAGGAUGAUCUGGGAAACAGGAACCCGCACCAUCGCCAUGCUCACACAGUGUUACGAGAAAGGGAGAAUUCGAUGUCACAAGUACUGGCCAGAGGACAAUAAGCCGAUGUCGGUGUUUAGUGACAUUCUCAUCUCAAAAGUGUCAGAGGAAGUCCUUCCUGACUGGACUGUCAGAACCCUCAAAGUAGAAAAGCAUGGGCACUACAUUCUGGUUCGCCACUUCAACUACACAUCGUGGCCUGAGCACGGAGUCCCAGAGUCCUGCAGCACGCUCAUCAAGUUUGUCCAAGCUGUCCGAGCCCACAGGCACGACAACACCACUAUAGUGGUCCACUGCAGUGCUGGUGUGGGCAGAACUGGUGUAUUUAUCGCUCUCGACCACCUCAUUCAGCACGUCAGAGAUCACGACUUUGUGGAUAUUUACGGCCUGGUGGCUGAACUUCGCAGCGAGAGGAUGUGUAUGGUACAGAAUCUGGCCCAGUACAUCUUCCUGCACCAAAGUACGCUAGAACUUCUAAACAGCAAAGGCAACAGCCAGUCCAUCUGGUUUGUCAGCUAUUCUGCUCUGGAAAAGAUGGACUCCCUGGACGCUAUGGAAGGUGAUGUUGAGCUGGAAUGGGAAGAAACCACUAUGUAAAGAGACACCUUUUCCUGGGAGAGAGUGACGCUUGUCGGGAGGCGGCCUGUGCACAAAGGUGGACUGGACUGAUCCACUACACUUGGUUAGAGGGGGGUGCAGGAGAAACAGGAAGCGAACAGCACAGUUUAAACUGAGCGAUCUGUCAGACGACUUUGUUCCUCCACCUCAACCCACUUCUCUGCACUGUCCCCCCUUUAAUAAACCUCUUGUCCACUUGUUUUCAAAGAGAGUGAGAAACAAAAGGGAGACAGAAUUUGAGAAACGUUUGAAAGAGCGGUGAACUGACUGAGAGAGCUCUAUGACAUCUGUAAUCUUACAGGCAUUUUGCACAAAUUGAUUCCACUGUGUUUUGUAAUUAUUGUACUAUGUUGAUAUCAUCUAUGUUUUUGUAAGAUAAUUUAUUCAGCCAAAAUGGUGUUUUGUUUCAAUCUCUUUGUAAAUCUGACUAUGUCGAAGAGUGGACAGUAUUUACGUUUUGUUUAUCCUUUCUCAAGAGUGAUUUGCAAAAAUAAAAGCAACUUGUAUUUUU